CUUUGUAGAGAAACUCUAGAUCAGUACUCAAGGGAAUUGAAAAUCCUUGCCAUCAAGGUCCUUGAGCAAAUGACAAAAGCAUUAGGAAUGAAGCUUGAAGAUAUGACAAUGCUUUUUCAAGAAGGGAUGCAAUCAUUGAGGAUGGGCUAUUAUCCUCCGUGCCCCCAACCUGAGCUAGUGAUGGGCCUUUGCCCCCACUCUGAUGCUACUGGGCUUACCAUAUUACUUCAAGUCAAUGAAGUGGAAGGCCUCCAAAUCAAAAAGGCUGGAGCUUGGGUUCCUGUUGUACCACUUCCUAAUGCAUUCACAGUCAAUGUUGGAGACAUUUUAGAGAUUGUGACAAAUGGGAUUUACAAGAGUGUUGAGCAUCGGGCAACUGUGAAUUUGCACAACGAAAGGCUUUCCAUUGCGACGUUUUUCGCCCCAAAAUUGGAUGGUGAUAUGGGUCCAGCGCCAAGUCUUAUCACCCCUGAAAAUCCAGCAAUUUUCAGAAGAAUUAGGAUGCUUGACUAUUCAAAAGCGUAUUUUUCCCGUGAACUAGAUGGGAAAUCAUUCAUUGACGCAAUGAGGACCCAAAUCGAAGACUUUUAGGCUCUUAGUCCCUUUAUGAUUUUUCUCUCUGAAACUUAUGUACACUGUUGACCUGGUGUCCCCUCUUCAUCGCCUCCCCCAACUUUCAUUCACCACAAAUUGUAUAAUUGUUUAAGAAUUAAUCCUGUAUAUACUGACAUUAUAUAUAUUAUUAGAUUCGAAUGCAUGACAACUAA